UUGCUUCCAGGAUACUCUGCUUGCCUUCCUUUUCAGUGUUUGCUGUAUCCAUAGCAACGGAGCUCUUCGAUUUCCUCUCCACUGCCUGUGCCAUUAUGGGGCCAGCUUAAACCACCGACAUGCUAUUUGUCUGACUAGCUGACCAUGUUCUAACAGGGAUUGAGAUUUAGGUACGUUUGGUACCUGGCAAAACAUGAACCAAGCAGGGACGGCGCAGGAUAAAUGGACUCAAACCGGCUGGAGAAUAGAGCAAAAGUAUGCAAACAAGGUGCUACUAGGCAACUGGGCGGAAGAAAGACUACAGUUCAUUCGGGAGCCAGAGACAGCCAACAGCACCAAUCGUGUAGACUACCGGCCCCACCGUGACUCCAAGCCAGACGUCUUUGAGAGAAGAUCUGCCCUGCUGAGAGCUGAGGGGCUUCCAUCCAAGCUGUUAUUUGCCCACCGUGACCCACCAUCCUCUCAUUACUUAGUCACGCAGUAUCAAGAGAGCUAUGGGCAUAAGCACACCAAUACUUUGCCCACUCUGCGACCCUGGCAUCCAGACAGCUUGACAUGGCAGCCUGAGAGGUCUGACCGGCCAAUUUCUGCCAUUCCAACCAACUUUGGCCCAUUGCAGUCCACAAAGCACCGUUUGGAAAAGCAGCAGUCACACCUCCCGUCACUGACUGUGUACAGGUCAGAAUACCAGAGGCACCCACUUAAUACCUUCUGCCAGAGCCGCUUUGCCAGGGCUUCACGCAUGCUCUCCAGCCACCUUCAUGCAGCCAAUCACAGCAACAAAGACCUGGAUCUGAGACGGUGCUCGCUACUACAAAUCCCAGAUCCUCGUUUCAGUCUACGUCCACAAUCACAGCAGGCUCACAGACAACACUGUGGUUCUUGAAUUGCCUCACAUGCUCCUUGUUAAUUUAGAAGCCUUGAUCAAAGUGGUGCUGCUUUGUGGUUCCUCUUUUUUAUAAGUCAGCUGCAUGGAAAAAAAAUUACAGAGCAGACCAUUUGGGAAAUCAAAAGGAAUUAAAAAAAUUAAACAUGAUUCUCAUUAUGAGGACUACUGUAGGUUUACUGUGUGUUGUAUGGUGAGUGGUUUCAGUGUUUAUGUGUAUAUAUGUGAAUAUGUGUGUGUGCGAGAAGGAGAAAGGAGUGGGCUAUGAAUUAUGUUCGCCCUUCCACAGGGAUAAUUACAUGCAAAUUCUUCCUCUCUCUGUACAGUUAAUAUCUGGAACUCAGAAUGGGCUGUUAGUAUUACCCUAGAUACUCUGUGGAAAAAAUAAAAGAAAGACAAAAAAAAUUGUUGAUGCCAGAGCUAACCUGGGUACUGAGGCAAACCAGAAGCCAUGAGUCAUCCAAGGCAACAUCUGAAGGGACGCGUCUAAGCGCCAUUCCAUUAGGUGUUUAGUUACAGGGAAUCAAAGUGUUUAAUUAGG